CGCGCUUGUAUGAGCAGAACGUGGAUCUUCACUUGGUAUGCAUGUACCUUUCCGAUUUCCUCUGACAGAUAGCCUGGCUCAUGGGCCUUCAUAAGUUCGUAACUAUUAGUGUGCACGGCUCUCUCUGAGGCUCAUACUUGCCAAGUUAAACUGACACCUCAACAUCCGCCCUCAAUACAACUCCAUAUAUCCGCGAUUUACCGCAUACCCUUAACACAUAAGCUUAAAGUCGAUGCUUCAGCUACACGACCGAACUUCGUAUCCCUCAUUCUUGCUCUCACGUUAUCAGCGCCUGAUAAGAUGGGGGGGAACUCACCAUCUAAGCUGCUUCCAGGUUGCGCUUCCGUCCCAGUUCAGUGGCUCGCCUUAGAUACAAUUCCUAGGAUGGCCAUGUGGGUAUCGUUAAACACUACAACGGAUCCAGAAUGAAUUACUUCCUGGUACGGGAGUAUGGACCAGGCAAGAAGAUGCAAAUGAAUAGAAGCAGGUCGGUCCAGUUGAUAGCCAAAGGGUGGAGUGGUCGAAGACCAAUAGUGAUGGCGGCAAAGAGGCUCAGUGCCGGAUCUGAGUCCAUUCGAGUAUACUUACCUUGUGUUGUGCAAGACCAAGAACGGAAAGCAGAUUCGGUAGCCGUCGCUGUCUCUGUGGCAGUUGUUGUCUGGCUUGCUGUCGAUGUAAGAGUCGAGAGUGUCGUUUCAGUCGAGGUAGUAGAGACAGUCUGGGUUUGGCUGAGGGUUGCAGUUGAGGUUAUCGCAGCUGGGACUGAUGUUGUUGUCACGGUCAAAGUUGAGGUUUCUGAGACAGUUGACGUGAUAGUCGCGCUGAGGGUUGAAGUGGAAGUGACUACCGGUGGCACUUCCGUUGUUGUUAUGGUCAAUGUUGAUGUCGCGGAUAAAGUAGAUGAUAUGGUGGAUGUUUCAGUUGCUGUCGCAGAUAAGGUAGAUGUGACAGAAGCGGUCGUGGUUACUGCUGGUGGAACCGACGUGGAUGUAACUGUAGAGGUCACAGUGGAUGUAACUGCUGGAGGGACCGAUGUUGUGGUUAUGGUUGCAGUGAUGGAGUCGGUCGUAGUAACUGCUGGUGCGGCCGCCUGGGUUGAAGUCAUAGUUGAGGUGACUGCUGUUACGGUUGAGGUAACUGCCGGUGCGGCGGCUUGUGUUGAGGUUAUUGUUGAGGUAACAGCUGGUGGUACUGAGGUUGAAGUAACAGUUGAAGUAACUGCUGGUGCGGCGGCUUGUGUUGAGGUUACGGUGACUGCUGGUGGGACUGAUGUUGAAGUUACGGUUGAAGUAACUGCUGGCGCGGCGGCUUGUGUUGAUGUUACGGUAGACGUAACCGCUGGCGCGGCGGCUUGUGUUGAAGUUACAGUUGCAGUAACUCCGGCCGCGGUUGAGGUUACGGUUGCGGUAGAGGUUUUGUUUAUGGUACUUGAGACUGUGUUCGUUAUGGUAUCGGUGAAUGUACCUGAUACCGUCAUAAAGACCGUAUUCGUCAAAGUUCUAGUAGAGGCAGCCGCGGUGGUAGUGAUCGUGUUGCCAAAGUUGGCCGGAUCCUACACAUAUUAG